CCGUCAGCACCCACCCUGGUAACAUGGCUGCCAAGUGUUAGCCGCGAUGCGGAAACAGGUGGUGCUGCUGUUUGACCUGCACUGUCUGGGCUGGGACGCGCCCGGCGAUGCGGCGUUCGAGUGGCGGCUGCGCUCCCUGCAGCGCGCCACACUCCGUCUGCUGCUCGGACUGGCCAACUGCCUGGAGAAGGACGGCGGCCUGCGCUUCGGCUUCCGACUGUUCGACUCGGCGCGCUACAAGCCGGGCACGGACCGAUCCGGGUUUGUCGACUUCACGCUGGAUGCGUUCGAGGCGCUGGAAAACUCGCUGGCGGGCGCACUCGAGCGGCGGCGCACCGGCUCGCCGCGCCGGGCUGCCGACCCCGGCGCUGCACCGCCCGGCCAGGCGCUGACGCGCGCCCUGCACGAGGUGCUUAGCGACUUCCAGUGGGAGCGUGCCGACGUCGACUCGCCUGUGAAGCGGCCCCGGCGGCGGCGCGGCGCCGCUGCGGCCCCGGCCGAUGACUCUGGUAACGCCGUGUACUUGGUGGCCGCGCUGCCGGCGGCGGAGGAGGCGGCACACCGGUUCGCCGGCGGCGCGGCGCCCGAUGAGCUGCCCGCCCGGCUCACGGCUGCCGUGCUCAGCGACUCGUUCCGCCGACUGCUGUGUGAACAGUGCCGCGUGCGGCUGCACGUGCUGGACACGGCGGGCCUUCAAACGGCUGCCGAGCCCGACCCACUCGUACAGCGGGCGUUCUCGGCGCUGGCAGAGGCCACCGGCGGCGUCCUAACGCGGCUGGAGACGCUGCUGGAGCUCUGUGGACCCGAGCCGGCCGCUGAGCCGGCGCCGGAGGUCGGGCCGGGCGACGGGAAGGCGGCGGCGGAGGGAGAGGGCCUCCGGGUCCGGUGGAGGAUGGGUCCCACCGAGCACACGGCUCGAGUGACGGUCAAACCCGGGGCCAAGGCGGAUGCCUCGUCCUCCGAUCGGACACUGCUCAGGCUACUCUCAUCGCCGGACGACGCGUGUAUUCUAAUGGAGGUGGUUGCCAAGAUGACUGACGCCGUCGACAAUGCGUCCCACGUGCAGUUGGCGACUUUUGAGGCGGACGAUGACACGUUUUCUGCGGGCACCCUGCUGCUGGUGCGUCUGUCGGACCAGCCGUGUCUGCUGCGCACCGACUCCGCCCGCCGCGGAGCUCUGCUCUCACUGGGUGACCCGCCGACCGACGGUGGCGCCGGCGCGCGGAAGGACGCCGAAACAGUGCGCCACCGGCUGCGGUCCGAGCGGCCCCUGGUAGCGGACAUGCUGCAGCUGUGGUUCGUAGGGCCACCGUCAGAGUCGCCUCCGAAACACCAGGACGUCUGGCCCACCCCCAGCGAGCAGUGGCCGGAGGGUCUGAACGCCCUGCUGGCCCGCUCUCUGCGCCACCGUCGUGCUCGCGGCAGCAGCAGCUCGGCCGUCCCCGCGGCGGCCGGCUCGGCUCCCCCGUCUGGCCCGGCGCCGGUGGCGGCCGCGGCACCCGGCGGCCUGCAGCGCGGCCACCAGAUGAUGGCGCGCGCCGCGCAGAUGACGGCCGUCCGCCAGCGGCGCGGGCAGCGCCAGCAGGCGGCCGAGCAGCAGCGCCAGACGUGGCGCCGCCAGGAGAAGGAGCGGCGCAUGCGCGAACAGCAGCAGCGCGCGCUGCGCGACGUGAGCGGCGUGACCGACACGACCGAGCUGGUGGGCAGACUGCAGGCGAUGAAGGAGCGGUGCAUAGCCGGCCACGAGCAGGAUGUGGUGGCCGCCGUCCAGUCGGUCAUCAACCCGCUGCUGCUCCACAUCAAAGCCAUGGAGGGUGUCGACACCGCGUCCCACCUGCGUCUGAUGCUGAAGGAUCACUUUCUGCCGGACAAGCGGCGCGUGGCGCAGCUGUACGGCGACGACCGGGCGCGCCGCGUGCGGGAGUACCAGUACCAGGUGGUCGUCCUGCUGGAGGCCUGUUGGGUGCUGGGCGGUGAGAUGAGUGAGGAGGACAAGGAGCAGCUGUUGGACCUGCUGCGGAUGACCUCGCUGCACGGCAGUCCGGCCGCCAUGACCGAGUUCAUGGAGCUCACUAUGGUGGAAAGCUACCAGCACACGCAGCCGGACCUGCUGCUGGAGCUGUACGAGGAGCUGUGUCAGCCGCCGCCGGCCGCGCUGCUGCAGCUGCUCUCUCCGAGCCGCGCGCCGCCCGACAGCUGGCGGCCGCCGUCCAGCAGCCGUCCGCCGGGCAGCAGCGGCGGUCCGCCGGGCAGCGUCAGCAGUCUGCUGAGCGGCUCCGGCCCCGGCAGCCAGGCCGUCCUGCUGGCCCGCAGCGCCGCCCUCAGCCGGCAGCCCAGUCUGCUGGACGCCGCCAAAAAGCGCCAGAUCAUGGUGCCCAAGCCGAAGGAGCUGUCACGCCACGCUAGCCACAGCAGCGGCAGCAGUCGGUCGAUGGUCCUGGCGUCGGCGGCGGCGGCGCGGGGAGCGGCAGCGGCGGCCGCCCGGGCUGGUCCCUCCUCCGGCUCCGCACAACGGCCUCCCAGCGGCUCCAAAACUGGCGAGAAACGGUCGCUGAGCUCAGGCCGAGUAAAGCGGAACCUGUUCGAGUCUCUGGGCCGCAGUCCACGCCGAUCACAGCAGGGUGCUACGCGCACUGCCGUCUCCCCACAGCGGCGCUCUCUAAACUCGUCGUUCGUACCGGAGACGCCGGCGCAGAAGAACCGCACCCGGCGACGCACCGACUCCGGAACUGCCGUGGUAAAGGAGAGCCCAGAGGCCAAGGAAGCAGACGGCGGCGUCGGCCUCACCCCUCGCCGGGCCUCGCAGCGGCUGACGCUCACACGGCGCGCCUCCUUCUACAACUUGGAGGAGGGCUCGCGGCACUUUGCGCGCGCGCGCCAUACGGUGCUGGCCGAGCGGCUGCAGCAGUCUGCGCCGGCGCCGACGGCCGCCAGCCGGCUGCCGGCCGACCCGCAGCUCUGCCGGCCACUGAUAACGCGGCUGUUCGGCGAGCGCGGCCGCACUGAGAGCGCUGAGUCGGCCUCCUCACUGGCCUGGGGGCUGGACUCGCUCUCACCUCCCGCUGUCACGGCGGACGGCGCGGAGGGAGACGGCCCUGCGUACGGCGGAGACGGAGACGGAGACGGAGACCCGGGCGGCGGGGACAUAGACGGCCCUGGAGACCUGGAUGGCGGCAACGGGGAUGGGCCCGGCAGAGUGCCCGACACACCCAACCGGCGUGUGCAGUUCGAUCUGACCCCGGCCAAAGGAGGCGCUCGCAGCGCAGCGCGCAGCAGGACGCCGCGCAGCAUCCUGAAGGCGACACCCGGCUGCGUCUCCAGUCCAGACUUGUUCGGCACUCCACGCAAGACGACCCCGCGCGCCAACGCCAAGCGGAAGCGACUGUUCUCCACCACGCCCAGUAAGGCGGAGCGGGCGACGCCGCCGCCUCCGCCCGGCGCUGGCGCGGAGGCGGCCGGUCCGUCGGGGAGCGGACUGCUCUCCAGUCCUGUAGCGGGGGUGGAGCUGGCUGAGGAUCCGACGGAGCGCACCCCCGAUCGGGCGGCUCGCGCGGCACUUCUGGGAACACCCCUGAAAAAGGCCACAGUGGUGCUCAGCCCUCUCAACUCGCCCCAUCGCCGCCUCAUGUCGCCCCGACGCAGUGUCUCAGUCGCAAUAACUUGUCUCUCUCCACGCUGCACCGCAGCCGCCCCCGGCACGCCGCCUCGGUCGGGGAAGCUCCGUACUCCGAGCAAGUCUCCGGUGGCCCGGUUCCGACCAGAUCUGGGUACGCCGUCUAAGAGGACGCUGUCGCUGUCUCCGUCAGUGGUUCGAACACCGCCCCGGGCCGCAUUAAAAGCAGUCGAAGUGGCGAAGAGUUCAGUGAUGGAGCCGGUAGAGGCCGAAAGCGAGCUGAUGACACCUACCAAGCCGGCUCCCGAUGGCGAAUCGGAGUCCCGACCGGAGCCCCCGCCGGUGGAGGACGAACCCGAGUCGACGCCGAGCAGCCCGGUGAUCUCCCGCGGCCGGUCUCGGUCACGCUCCGGAUCGGCACCCAGAGGGCUGCGGAGGCACUCGCCGGCACUCGUCACCGCGGCUGGUGAUGGGCUGGGCACCCCGGCUCGUGCUCCGCAGCGAACCCCGGCCCGCAGUCCCCCGCGAACUCCGUCCCGCAGUCCGGGUAAAGACGCUCACCAGACGCCGACCAGGACCUCUCCGCGGCGACAUCAGACUCACACGCCACCACAGAGUCGAACUGUGAGGUCUCCAGUGACUGAAACUGAGACGUCUCUGCGGUCUGAGGUUCGAACCCCGCCACCGACGGAGCCUCGAACACCGCCCCGGACUCCCCAGCGGACACCGCCUCGUCCCGGCGAUGGCUCGCCCCACAAGUCGCCCGUUGUCAAACCCGACCUGCAGACUGGGGCCGAGCUGGUGCUCCGUUCGCCUGCCAAGGAUGCGCCGCCGCCGCGACAACGCUCGGUGUCUCCCGACAUAGGUCCGGCUGGAGACGGUCUGGGCGCCGCACUGCUCGCUCGGUUCGGGCCCCCGGUGGGCGCCACGUCCACACCCACCAUCGCACCAGCACGGGUCGGAGCUGUGGCGGCGCCAUGGGAGAACACCUCGCACUUCUCCCCGCCCAGAAUGGCCACCGACUCGGGAGAGGAGUCACCGGUCAAGAUUGACAUCACCGGUAUACUCGAUCUGCUCGACGAGCCGAUAGAAUCGCCUACUUCGGCCAUGUCUACAGCAGAGUUCGUGUCUGUGAUGGAGUCGUACCUGGAGAACACGGCUGAGUCGACCAUGCAUUCGGUGCCGGAUCUCUGUUUGACGGAUAUUGCUGAACUGGAGGCGGCUGCCGAGGGUAUCGAUUUCGGAGCGUUGGCGGGACAGCACGGGACGCCGGUAUUGAUGGCUGAGACGAGCGCAGCGCUGCCGGCGGCUGAUUCGUUGGCAGAGGCAGUGGCAGAGACGGCGAUGGAGACAGCAGCGGCUGAAGCGGUGGGGUCUGAGGCGGCAGAGACGGUGGUACAGUCGGACCCUCGCGUGCGGCCGUGCUAUGUGCUGCUGAGUCCACUGCGGUGGCCGCCGUCUACAGCCGCCCGCCCCGGCCCCCGCCGGACCUCCAGGCCGCCGUCUCGGGCCCUGCGGUACUCUCGGAGUCGGGCGCUGCGACACAGCCUGUCAGAGGUACUGGCCGCCCGUGCGGCGCCGCUGUACGAACACGGUGCUGACGUUCAGGUGCGCCGGUCUGCAAGCGCUGGCGACCAGUGGGUGUUGUCAGAGAGCACAGCAGCCGUUCAGGGAGAGAGCUUUGACAGCUGUCGCCUCGGUGACACGGUAGUAAGUGAUGCCACCCGAAACCAGACGAGUCUCGGCGUCAGGGAGUCGGGAGAGUCAUUUGUGGCGUCUUCCACGGGCGGAAAGGACAACUCAGGGUCCAGAGGUGGUAUCGGGGAAAGUCUGAGCAUGAUCAGUAUCAUGACUGACAGCGUAUGGAACAGCACAGCUUCUAGUGGAGCCGCCCCGGCGGAUUAUGAUGGCCGCCUGGCGGCCAAUCUUAGCUGCCAGUCAAGCGGUGGGUUUGAUCAGUCGGAGCGGGUCGACGGUGAGCUGAAUCAUCUCUCGCUCUCAGGCGCGGAGGACGGCGCGACGGCGGACGCAGCUCUACUGAAAGCUGAGUGUCAGUCAGCAGAGGCACCCGAGCGGUCAGACCGAUCUACAGCGUCUAGAACCGCAUCUGAGAAUGAAACCACGAGCUCUACGUCCUCACCGGAGCGGCCGGGCCGGAGGAAGAAGAGGGCCCGCUCUGAGGUGUCCUCAUCGGGUCCUCAGACGGAGGACUCGCAGCGGGAGGACGGGGAGGACACACAGAGGGGCGUCAGGCAGCUGCGGAGUGGCCGGGCUCUGCCAGAGAACGCUACACCGCCAGCGGGAGGUCAUGGUGACGGCUCUUUGGUUGGUGGAGACGAGGCUAAGCGAGGUGCCGGUGCUGCCAGGACGUCGGCCGACGUUGCGAGUACGUGCUCACGGCGUAAGGCCGGGCGGAGAAGGAAGCGCGCUCGUCUGAGUGACUCACAACUCACAUCCGACGCGGCGCGGUCGGUGGAUUCUGAGCGUGCCGGUGAAGAGAGCCGUCAGGAGAAACCCGCAGCGUCUCGGCUAGUCAAUGAGCCGAACGAGGACAGCCGCACCUCCUCUGAUACCGGCCGACUAGCUGGCACGCCACUCCCUGAGACCCCCAUCCCCCGACGUAAUGGCUCUCUGAUCAAUGUCACCCCUUCCAAAGAGCCAACGGAUACGUGGCAAGUGACCGCCCUCAGUGCGCGAAAAUUGUCCCCCAAUUCGAAUAGGGACAGUCCUUCGAUCAGGAUGAGGUUCCGGCUGACAGCCUCAUCUGUAUCGUCAACAGCGAGCCAGAGCCCGUCCCGCUUCAAAUGUCUGGAUUCCCCGGAUUCAGGCCAAGAAGACAGCGAUGCUGUUUUUGUAAACGAACGGGACGGGAUUUCUUCGAGUGAUGAACGCAUGUGGUCCGCAAGUCCCAACGCAAGUCGGUCUACUCCGUCACAGUCCAAACGCACAACAAGACUCUCACAGAGCCCCGUGUCAAGGUCACAACCCCGCAACUGUUCGAAGAAAAUCAAGAAGCGUGUUUUGGAGCCACGGCCCGCCGAUUCUGGUUCUAGCGUGGAACACAACUCUCGCCUGUCAAACCCAGCCAGUGAGCUGGGCCAAGAUGAGGCGGUCACUCGCGUUAAGCCGACCGCAGGAGCAUCGUGUCGCCGCGUUAAAUCGAAGAAAUCGCGAUCUACGGCGACCUCGGCCGGAGCAGGAUCCGCGUCCCGAACGGGCUCGACUGAGGAGGCGGACGGUGCUACGGAGGGUGGGGGGCGUCGACGGAGCGAUGGAGUGUCGAGAGGCGAUGCGGCCGCCGAGCUGGCGGCUCGUCUGGAACUGGUGAGGCGGCAGACAUUGAGAGAUCUCAUACGACCGGGUGGUCGAGAGUCCCCUGAAGGCGAGCGGAGGGUGGAGAGCACUCCGGGGUCGAACCGUCAGGGUGGCAGGGAGUCGGGAAGCGCGACUCCGCUAAUCAAGGAUAUUCCCGAGCUGGCAGGAAUGGCGGCGUCGCGAGGCUCUGAACCGCUCACGCCGGCGUCGGCAAAACGGAAACGGUUGACGCUGUGCGAUUCUGAUGACGAAUCGAGCGACGGUCCGCCACUGGAAUUGAAGAUCGAGCGUCAUGACUCGCAGACGAGGAAAAGGCCGAAUGACGACGAAUCGAGCGACGGACCGCCGCUUGAAAUGAAGAUCGAGCGACACGACUCGCAGACGAGGAAAUGGCCGGAAAAGGAGCUGGUAGAAUCGUUCCCGGAUGGCCUCAAGAUCAAGAAAAGGCCGAGAUACACAGUCACUUCGGCUCGGCAGAAACUGAGAGACACGCCGACUACCAACGGAGAAGAACGGGCAUUGACGGUUCUGGAAAACAAGAUGACGGAAAACCAUCUUAUCGCUGGAGACAGUCGUGACGAAGCAAGGAAGGAAAAGAAGAGUAAGCGGCCGCGACCGGAGCCGCUCGCGCUGCCGGCCGGCGCGGAGACUGUCGGUGCCGACGGGUCCGCGUCGUCGCCGUCGCUGACGCCAUCGACGCGCGGCAAGAGGAAGGAGGUGAGCUAUGCCGAGUUCUCCGAGGACGACGAGGCCGUGUUCCAGCUGAUGGGGGAGGCCAGGACCUCCCCACCGGAGGAGCCGAGUGAGGGACACUCCCGCGGUGGGAUACGGUCCCGGCGAGACGGCCAGGCGUCCCAUGCCUCCCAUACCUCCGCCGCGGCGGCGGGCGCGCCGACAGAACCCCCAGUGGACCUGCCGGCUCCCGUCCAGCCGUCUCGGUGGCAGCCGCACCUGCCGUCCUCACUGCCGCUGCGUACUCCGCCGCGGCAGCGCCUCACACGGAACCGGGUCCAGGACAUGGGCCUGGGUCUGGACGAGGUGAACGCCCUGGUGGUGAGCCCGCUGACGCCGCUGGCGGGCCGGGCCGCCGGCUCGAGCAGUAAGAAAACCUUCACGCCGCCGACGGCGCUCAGUCUGAUUAACCUGACCUCGUCGCCGAUUAUGGCGCAGGUGCGGCCGGCGAAACGCGUGCGCCGGGCGCUGCACCACUGACCUGAGGUCACGGGGGAGGGGGCUGAUGUGGUCGGAUGAUGGUUCGUGUAGGACCUGAGGACUCUGGACUUUCAGGUGGGGUGUUCGCGGUGUGUGGGGGUACCAUAGAAUGCAUGUCAUGACGUUAGGCGUUGGCUUCCACCCAUUCAUUUCUUAUAAUUAUAGGGCAAUGAAGCGAACUGAAUUGGUUUUGGCAGACAGAACGCUUUUUUGUGGACUGAUCAAAUGGCUAUCUUCGGAAAUUAGUUGAAAAGUAUUAUUCUGUUUCAGGCUGUAUCUAAUGAGUUGCAUUGUUAUGCAUUGCUAUUAUCCGUCUUCUUUCGUAAUAGCCUUGAGAUGGUGCGUCGCUGGGUCGCAUCAGUACUUUGCACGCCGGCCCUGCCGUCUGCGUGUGUCCGCCUCAAACUGCCAAAGUGAGCUGUUUGCCCCGUUCUAGGCGGUCUGCGCGGCCGUGCAGUGAUGAUCCAGUGACUUAGCAUGUUUAUAGAGUGCGUUGACAUGUGGUGACGACUGGUAGUUUUCUAUGCGUGUGUACUGAGGAAGCCAAAUACAUUAUCAGUUUCAA